UAUAGCGUAGGCCAGCGCGCGCGCGCGCACCAUUGUGUGGCUGACUCGGCCGCAGCUGCGGUGUGAGGCGCGUGUUCGGGCCUUCGCCGUCCCCGCACCCGCACCGCAGCCCUGCCCCGCGGCCCGCCGCACCUCAGCUAGCCUCCGGGAGAACACCCACCACGGCCAUGCCGCGCGUCUACAUAGGACGCCUGAGCUACAACGUCCGCGAGAAGGACAUCCAGCGCUUUUUCAGCGGCUACGGCCGCCUCCUCGAAAUCGACCUCAAAAAUGGGUACGGGUUCGUGGAGUUCGAGGACUCCCGUGAUGCGGACGACGCCGUUUACGAGCUGAACAGCAAGGAGCUGUGCGGCGAGCGCGUGAUCGUAGAGCACGCCCGGGGACCGCGCCGCGACCGCGAUGGCUACAGCUACGGAAGCCGCAGUGGUGGAGGUGGAUACAGCAGUCGGAGAACUUCUGGCAGAGACAAAUAUGGACCACCUGUUCGUACAGAGUACAGGCUUAUUGUAGAAAAUCUGUCUAGUCGUUGCAGUUGGCAAGACUUAAAGGAUUUCAUGCGGCAAGCAGGAGAAGUGACUUACGCAGAUGCUCACAAAGAACGAACAAACGAGGGUGUGAUUGAAUUUAGAUCCUACUCUGACAUGAAGCGUGCUUUGGAUAAACUGGAUGGCACAGAAAUAAAUGGCAGAAAUAUUAGGCUUAUUGAAGAUAAGCCACGAACAAGCCAUAGGCGCUCUUACUCUGGAAGUAGAUCCAGAUCACGGUCUAGAAGAAGAUCUCGGAGUAGGAGUCGCAGAAGCAGCCGCAGUAGAUCUCGAAGUAUCUCAAAAAGCCGCUCCCGAUCUAGGUCUCGGAGCAAAGGUCGAUCCCGAUCCCGCUCAAAAGGCAGGAAAUCCAGAUCAAAGAGCAAAUCUAAGCCCAAGUCUGAUCGGGGUUCCCAUUCACACUCAAGAAGCAGAUCUAAGGAUAAGUAUGGGAAGUCACGAAGUAGGUCACGUUCUCGGUCCCCCAAAGAAAAUGGAAAAGGAGAUAUAAAGUCAAAGUCCAGAUCCCGGAGCCAAUCUCGAUCCCAUUCGCCUCUGCCUGCUCCACCCUCAAAGGCUCGUUCCAUGUCCCCUCCGCCAAAAAGAGCUUCAAGGUCCCGUUCUAGAUCUCGUUCAAGGUCCAGAUCAAGUUCCAGAGAUUAACCCUGAACUCUACGUUCUUUGCACACUAUAACGGAACACUUUCCUACUUGCUUAGGCAGUUACUCUUACGAGUUUGUACUCGGCCUCUUCUUCAAGAGGAUUUCCUGAAAAGGGAACACAGGAAUUUGAUUUGUGGCCAAAUUUAAUGAGAAAAAGAUGAGGUUCUAAAAUGGUGGUAUGAAGCCCUCUCCCUUCUUUGUAGAAUUAAGAUAAUUUUGAUUUUGUAGCCUUUGAGCUAAAAUAACUUUUGUAAAGAUUAAGCUCAUUUAGAUUUUUUUUAAAAGUAUUGCAGCAGGGUCUGCUGCAGGGUUCUGUUGUUUUUGUUUUGCUUAUUUUUAAAUUAACUGUUCAAGCUUUGGAUACUGCAGGCUUAAGAGGGAGAACCCAAAUUUUCAAUUAUGUUGGCUUUUUAUAAAGCUUGAGUUAUGUAAGAUUUAAAUAAAAGUUUGCUACCAAGAUGAUUGCCUUAUUGACUAGGUCACUACUAAGGCCCUUUAAGUGUUUGUUGAUACCUGCCAUUUGUGGAGACAGUGUAAAUUCUACAUGAGUGUAAAACAAGGCAAGCCUCAGACCAGCAAUAAAUUAUUCAGUUUGGCUAACCUUAUUUUGUGCUGUUAAUCAAAUCUACCAAAGUCUUUUGUCUACCCCUUUAAUAAGUUGAGUUAAAAGUAAAAGGGACUUUGUAGUUAGUGCCACAAAAUUAAGCAACUAAAGGAUUACAAUUUGAACUCUUCCAGAAGUAGGUCCUAGUACUUGGGAUCUUGUUAUCCUGUGCUCUGGACGUGUUCAGCGUGAUUAGUGUUAGUGUAUGGUUUGGUGGUCUUUAAUGUUUUGAAAAACAGAAGUAGCCUUUCUUUAAUUAGGAAGUUAUUUUAUUCAAAGUUGAAAAGCAUAUGUGCUGUAUUUUCUGCUGAAAGAUGGUUAUAUUUAACAGGUGCUUAGCAGAACUUAUUUGAUAAGAUAUUUGCUGGUUAAAAUUCCAAUUAGUCCCCUUGGUAUUAGUGGGGCAUUUGUGGUUAGUUUGAAAAACAAUGACAUGGCUAAACUAAAAUGCUUCAUACUUUAUAAGUAAAGCAUUAUGAAUGCUGUGGAGACCGAGUUAAGAUAAAUAGUGCAAAUGUGUAGGAAUAAAUUUCCAGUUUCUGUACAUCCAAAAGCCCAGUUAGUUGAGACUGCAAUCAGUAAUUACCUUACAACCUUUCCAUUAUUCAGACGUUUGUAAAGUCAUUUCAUCCCAAUACUUAACCUCAUUCUUUAGUAAAGGUAUAGAUGGUUUGGCUCAGGUUUAAUUGACAGCCUCAGCUGUUAUUAAUCCAGCAAAAAAUGGAUUAUAGAUUAUAAUAUAGAGUUGGUUUGUAGAACUAAAUAAUCAGGACAGGCAAUAAAGCAAAGCUGAGUGGAAAAAUAGGGUUCAAAGGCCUAGGUAGGUGUCAGUAACUGGGAAUAUUUGGGAACAGGGAAAGGGGAAUGUUUUCAAGACAUUUAUCCUGUUACAAAAAUAUUAAAGACUAACUCUAGGAAUAUAGUGUCAAAUAAACUGCUGCUUUAGUCAUUUUUUCUUUGAUGCUUUGUUUAGAUGUUUAUAAGAAAUAAGUUUAUUUUUCCAGUAUAAAUUUCAGAAUUUAAAGAAAAUUGUGUCUGGUUAUAGUUUACUAUUUUACCUACUUAAAAACAAAUGUGAUGGCUCUUUAAGAAUUGGGUUUGACCAAAGUUCUCUUUGUUUUCAGGGAAAACUAUUUAAAAGCUUUCUGAGCCACAGCCUUUUAAAGGGGGAAAGGCUAGUAGUAAAAUUUGACUUUCUGACUGCAUGCAACUUCAGCUGGGCUUGCCUUCUGUUAGUGUGGUAGUACAUGACAGAAGCAUUAGACUACUUUUUAGCUGCCCUAAUAAGUAUAUAAUAAAUAGGUAAAUGCUAAUACCCAUACAAUUUUUCUAGUGGGGACAGAGGCCAUUUUAUUAAAAGUCUAGGCUUUCAUACCUGGAGACCCUAGUUAUUAAAUGCACUAAACAAACAACUGCAUUUAAAGCAUUGGCCUUAGCAGAAUUGACUGACUGAAAGUGUUUUAGUUUCUUGCUGAUGAGUGAAUUCGGUUCCCUACCAACUGAUGCGCAGAAUCUAGAGUCCCAUCCUGCACACAUUGGUUGGUACCCUGGGUAGAAUAUCAACAGCACCAACUGAGAAGAGCACAAGAGAAGUGGAGAACAUCUUGAGUCCUGUUGGACGUGAUAGUCUUUGUUGAUAUGUAUGCCACAGUGCCUUUAUGGCCAGUUGAGUCCUGCCUACUUCAGCCUUUAUGUUCCCACUCCUCCUGUGUUAACUAACAUUGCUUUAUCUUGGAUAUUCUUUUUUUUUUUUUUUUUUCUACUUUGUUAACCUACUUUAUGCUUUAUCUCAAUAAAAUGCUUACCAAGG